UUUUCCGAUCGGUCCACCACCAAAAUAAUAGUUUCUCGUGCAUCCACAAUUCGGUUGGAUUUUUAACUCUUUUUGCCACGUAAAUUGUAUUAGAAGUAGCUCGCGAUACCGGCAACAUGAUAAUCUACACGAACGAGGGCAAUCCGCUGGGACUGCAGCUGCUGAUGCUGGCCAAGUUCGCCAAGCGGCCGGUGCAGGUGCAGUUGGUUAACCUAAAUGACGCCAAGUUCAAGGAUCUGCUGGUGCUGCCCACCUUGGAACUGGACAAUGGAUUGCGCCUCUUCUCGCCGGCGGCCAUUGCCAAGUACCUGCUCGUGGACGAGGGGCAGCGGCGCGAUGAGUGGCUGGAGUGGUCUGCCACGUUGCUGGCCCCCGCUUUGGCCCACCACAUGGCGGUGGGUCACAAGGCCGAUGCGAAUGCGCUGCCCGUGCUGAAUGCUCUGGUCAAGAAGCUGGAUGACAGCCUGAAAUCCUCGCCCUUCCUCGCUGGCAACGCACCCAGUGCCGCCGACAUUGCCGUUUGGUCGCUCCUGGCUCCCGAGGGCACGCUGAAGGGCGCCCAGAAUGUGGACAGCCUGAGGGAUUGGUAUGCCAGGGUGAAAGAACUGCCCGAAGUGCAGCAAGUGCUGAGCGAACAGCCGCUGAAGGAUCUCAGCUUCAAUGCACUGCAGCAGUCCAAUCGAUACGGGGGAUUGCAUCAUGUGCCGCUGAAACGUCUCAGCCUGGCGGAUGCGGGCAAACUGCUGGUGGACACCACGCCCACAGUGGCGGACACUGUGACGGAGGAGGAGAUCAGCGCCGCACAGGCCGCCUUUACAUACACAGCUCCCAAGGAACUCAAGCAGGAGCGCACUGUUCUUCCCAAGGCUGGAGAACGCAAUGUGCUUAUUACCUCAGCUCUGCCCUACGUCAACAAUGUCCCGCAUUUGGGCAACAUCAUUGGCUGUGUGCUGUCCGCCGAUAUCUAUGCUCGCUACUCGCGUUCCGCUGGCUACAACACACUGCUGAUUUGCGGCACGGAUGAAUAUGGCACUGCUACGGAGAACAAGGCGUUGGCCGAGAACCUAACGCCUCGAGAGAUCUGCGACAAGUACUUUGAGCUGCACAACGCCAUUUACCGCUGGUUCGGCAUUGGCUUUGAUUAUUUCGGACGCACCACAACCCAGGAGCAAACAGACAUUGUCCAGGAGGCGUUCCAGGAUGUCCUAAAAUCCGGCUACAUCAUCACCGAGAGCGUGGAGCAGCUGCUUUGCCAGAAAUGCGAUCGUUUCCUAGCUGAUCGUUUCGUAGAAGGCACCUGCCCGCAUCCUGGCUGUGGUUACGAGGACGCCCGUGGCGAUCAGUGCGACAAGUGCGGCAAGCUGGUGAACGCCACCGAGCUGAUCCGUCCCCGGUGUAAGGUGUGCAACAGCGCCCCUGUGCUGCGUUCCUCCGAUCAGUUGUUCAUCGAUCUGCCGAAGGCGGAGCCAAAGCUUAAGGAAUGGGUGGACAAGUCGGAGGGCGGAUGGACGCACAACGCCAAGGUGAUAACGAGGGCCUGGCUGAAGGAGGGACUCAAGCCGCGCUGCAUCACCCGCGACCUCAAGUGGGGCAUCCCCGUGCCGCACGAGGGCUUCGAGAAGAAGGUCUUCUACGUGUGGUUCGAUGCUCCAUUCGGCUACGUCUCGAUGACCAAGCGCUACACCAAGGAGUACCAGCAGUGGUGGCAGCCAGCCAAGGGCACCGAUGUGGAGCUCUUCCAGUUCAUGGCCAAGGACAAUGUGCCCUUCCACUCGGUGGUUUGGCCCAGUGUCCUGCUGGCCAUCAACAAGGGACACACGCUUGUCUCGCACAUCAUGGCCACCGAGUAUCUGAACUACGAGGACGGCAAGUUCAGCAAGAGCCGCGGUAUCGGUGUCUUUGGCAACGAUGCCCAGGAGACUGGCAUUCCGGCAGACGUGUGGCGCUUCUAUUUGGCCUCUGCCCGACCCGAAGGACAGGAUUCCAGCUUCAGUUGGAACGAUCUGGCCGCGCGCAACAACUCGGAGCUGCUGAAUAACCUGGGAAACUUUGUGAACCGCGCUUUGGUCUUCUGCGAAAAGAACUUCGACAGCACCGUGCCCGAAGUGGCCACCACUCAGGAUGAACUCGUGCUGCUGGCUCUGAUCAACCGCGAACUGCGUGGCUAUAUCAACUCGCUGGAAAAGGCCAAACUGCGCGACGGCAUCCGUCAUCUGCUGGCCAUUUCGCGGCAUGGCAACGGCUACAUGCAAACCCAGCAGCCGUGGGUGUUGCUCAAGGGCAGCGAAGAACAAAAGAAGCGGGCAGCGACCAUUAUUGGUCUUUGUGUCAACGUUGCCUGCCUCUUGGCGAAUCUCCUCUUCCCCUACAUGCCAACCACGGCUAGGACUCUGUUCGGCCAGCUCAAUGCCAAGCAGACGCCGCUCAAUGCAGAGAAACCUUUCGCCACUUUGCUCAUCCCGGCUGGCCACAAAAUCGGCAAACCGGCUCCGCUCUUCGCCAAACUGGAGCAGUCCUUCAUCGACGAACUCAAGGGCAAGUACGGCGGAGCUCAGGAAACAAAGACUGCUGAUCAAACCAGCGCUGCAGAUCUGGAGCAGGCUGUGCAGGCUCAGGCGGACAAGGUGCGUCAGCUGAAGGCGAGCACCAAGGACAAGGCUGUGUGGCAGCCGGAGGUGAACAAAUUGCUGGAGCUCAAAAAGCAACUGGAGGAGGCUAAGAAGACUGCGCCUGCUGCUGCCGCCGCUCCUGCUCCCUCAAACGGAUCACAAACGGUUCAAGAUCUGGAGAAGGCUAUCCAGGAGCAGGGCGACAAAGUGCGAAAGCUUAAGGGCAGCACAAAAGACAAAGCCGUGUGGCAGCCAGAGGUAAAUGUGCUGCUGGGCCUGAAGAAACAACUGGAGGCGGCUCAAAAGGCAGCGAAGGCAGCUCCCGCCGCCGCUGCUCCUGCUCCUUCAGCCGCCGUCUCUGCAGAUGCUGCCCAGGUAAAAGCAUUGGAAGACAAAAUCGCUCAGCAGGCCGAAAAGGUCAGAACCCUGAAGGCCACUGGCGAUGCCGCCGUAUGGAAACCCCAAGUUGAAAUUCUCUUGGGCCUGAAAAACGAGCUGGCGGCACUGACUGGAACACCAGCCGCCGGUGGACAGGGCAAGGGCAAGAAAAAGAAGUAGACCCUGGACGCCGUCACAUCCUAACUAUAGCCACGCAGGACAUUUUUACCUCAACUCUUCUAAUCACGCAUUCGAUGGCAAAUCUUUAGUCACGAACUGGCACAGUUCUAUUCAUCUCUUUUAAGUUAUGCGCUUGCAUUUAACAAACCUUCGUAUUUAUUUGAAGUAUGAUUCAGUUAGUAAUUUAUUGAGUUAUUGUGAAGGAAACAUUAAAAUUAUUGACUUUUAAA